AGGUUGUGAUGCAACGUUAUGGGUGGGGAAGCAGUUUUGUACAUUACACUGGGGUGCUACUGGGAGGUGGUGGAGCUGAGAGGGCGGUCCCCAGGACCCUAGGGGUGUGCCCAUGAAGGGUAUUAUGGGACCUCAGUCCUUCACACUCUCUCACUUCCUGGCCCUGAGGUGAGUGGUUCUGCUCUGCUACGUGCUCCUGCCAUGAUGUGCUGCCUCACCACAGGCCCAAAGGCAGUGGAACCUCUGAAACUAAAAGAAAGAGGCAUGCAUCUUUCCUUUCACCUACAUGGGGUCUGUUUACUUCACGUGUACCAGAACCAAUAGCCUCUUCCACUGGUGUGCGACCAGGGCGGUUUUUGAUGGCAGAUGGAAGUACUGCACGGCCGAAGAUUACCCUCGAUGUGUCUUCCCCUUCAUCUUUCAUGGGAUCCCCUACAACAGCUGCAUCACAGAUGGAAGCUUGCUGAGCAGGAUGUGGUGCUCAGUCACCUCCAACUUCGAUGAGAUACGUCAGUGGAAGUACUGUGAGAUGAGUGAGUAUGGGGGCAAUUCUUUCGGCAAGCCCUGCAUCUUCCCCUCGGUCUACAGAAAUAAGGUGGUCUCCGCCUGCCUGGAGGAUGACAGCAACAGGCUCUGGUGCCCCACCACUGAGAACAUGGACAAGGACCGGAAGUGGAGCCUCUGUGCGGACAGCAGAAUUUCCUCCUUGGCUCCGGGCUUCCCCUGCCACUUCCCAUUCAACUAUAAAAACAAGAACUACUUCAACUGCACCAAGAAGGGAUCCAAGAACAACCGCGUGUGGUGCGCCACUUCUCACAACUACGACCAGGACCACACCUGGGUGUACUGCUGAGGUUGCGGAGAAGAAAAGCAUCUUCCGAGGAAGACUCCACACUGAGGCUGAAACCUGCUUCAUGUUUUUCCCACCACGUCUUUCAAACUUAGAUAAUCACCUUUAAAAACAGCCUCUUCAUCAUCCUGCUAAAUCACACGGUUCUUCGAGAAGAACAGAGGAAAAAUGUGGCCUAGUCAACCCACAAGGGAUCCUGAAUCUACCUGGGGGCCUGCCUUUCCUGUUUUCUCAAUGUGUUUUGGUGGAAGGAAAAGUUGAUGGCUAGGUUGGUGAAUUUCAUUGGUGGGGGAAUCAGAGUCUCUGUCCAGGGACUCUUAGAAGUACUUGUGGCCUUCUCUCUCUUUCUGGGUAAUCACAGCUUUAGACAGAGCAUUUGUAGGCAUUUAUUAGAUUAUUAAUAAAUAAAUCAGUAAAUGAAGGGAAGGAAUUUCAUUGCAGACGCCUCACUGUCCCUUCCCCACGCCCAUGGCAGACAUCAAUAACUGAUUGCAGAAUCCAGAUGAAUCCCUCGUGACCCAGAUGCAAAUGGAUAUUGUUCUUUUUCUCCUCCCUCUCCUUCUCUUUCUUCCCCUCCUUCUAGAGUACCCUGAGCAACUGCUACCACUGCACCCAGGUAUCAGUGGUAGAUUUUUGCUGUUCAGUCUCUUUUCUACCUACCUGAUAGUCUAAUAACAGUGGUGUUGCACAGAUGGGCAAGAAGCG